CUAAUCUAUGAAUAUCAAGCGAGGCGAAUUCUGCAAUCAAGUCAAAGGGUAUAUUGUCUGUCACUUGCAGCACUCAGGAUUCCCUCUCCGUCUACGAUGUGCGCGCCGUUCUUCCCGCCUUCGUUGUCCACCAGGAUGUCAUAGCUGCAGGUUAUACUGAAUCUGCAUGCCCAAUCUGAAUGUGAACAUUGUACAUCUUGGGGGAGUGGUGGGGAGCUAAGUGAGGUUUCAGAAUCUUCAUUUUUUAUGGACUGCAAUAGAGAAGAAGCCGUAAGGGCCAAGAAUGUCGCAGAAAAAAAGAUGGAAAGCAAAGAUUUCACUGGGGCCCGUAAAAUUGCUAUUAAGGCUCAACAACUGUUUCCUGAUCUGGAGAAUAUGGCUCAGAUGCUUAUUGUUUGUGAUGUUCAUUGCUCUGCCGAGAAGAAAUUUUUUAAUGAAAAGGACUGGUAUGGAAUUCUUCAAGUAGAGCAGACAGCUGAUGAGGCAAUGAUAAGGAAGCAAUACAGGAAGUUUGCUCUCCUACUUCAUCCUGAUAAAAACAAGUUUGCUGGUGCUGAAGCUGCAUUUAAGCUGAUAGGGGAAGCUCAGGCUGUGCUUUUGGACAGACAGAAACGUGCUGCUCAUGACAGAAACAGAACUUCAUAUUGUCCAACACGGAAUAUUUUUGUGAAUGUUGAUACUGGGGCGCAAAACCAUAUUAGGACCAAUUUCACAAACUUGAAUCCUCAGCAGCAUCAGUCUAGGCAGUCAUCAACUCAGCAGGGGUUUAAUGAUGGCUCCUCUACAUUUUGGACUGUUUGCCCAUUUUGUUCUAUUAGAUUUCAGUAUUACUUAGAAGUUCUAAAUAGAUCUUUGCGUUGUCAAAGUUGCAACAGGCCCUUUGUUGCAUAUGACAUUAGUGUGCAAGGUACAGUUCCACCAACUUAUUCAAGUUCGCAAUCUUUUGUGCAGCCAAAAGAUGGUCUGAAUCAUCACUCAUUUAAGGUGGAUGUUGGAUCUCAAGGUAAUUCACGUGGUAAAAAUGUCAAUAUGAAACCUUUUGAUAAGAAAGUCCCCACUUCCCAUGCCUCUAGAAAGCUUAAUGGAAAGCGACGGAGGGAGCAGGUAGUGGAAGUUAGCGAAAGUUCUGAUUCUAUACACAGCUCUGAUUGUGAAAGUGAUAUGGCCUCUGAUGAUAUCAUAUCUGAAGAGGAUGGUAUUACUAGUAAACAAAACAAUGCCACUACUAGAGAAGAGAAUCCUCGUAGAUCUGCACGGAACAAGCAGCAGGUUUCCUACAAGGAAAAUGUGAGUGAUGAUGACAAUGACAGCAUAAACUUAUUGAAAAGGGAGAACGGUUUGGCUGAUGAUCUAGAAUAUCAUAAGAAAGAGUUAAAGCAGAAGCAGAAGCAUGGUCUUUAUCCUGAAGACAUAUCACUGAAUAAAAAGGAGGAAACUAAGGAGGAAUCGGGAAAAGCAGUGGGAGGUUCAAAGCUGGCUGCUGAAGAUAGUGAGCAUUGUAUACCAGGUUCAGCCUGCAAUGUAACAGAGCAGCCUAAUAUUAUAGUCUGUCCUGAUGCAGAGUUUAAUGACUUUGACAAGGACAAGACAAAAAAUUGUUUUGCGGCUGGGCAGGUUUGGGCUGUUUAUGAUACAAAUGAUGGCAUGCCUAGAUUCUAUGCUCUAAUUAAAAAAGUUUUCUCCUCUGGGUUUAAGCUGCGAAUAACAUGGUUUGAACCAGAGCCGAGUGAAGAGGGUGAAAUUAAUUGGGUAAACAAGCAAUUGCCAGUUGCUUGUGGAAACUACGGGCUUAGGCACUCUGAAACAACAGAAGACCAUCCCAUGUUCUCUCAUCAAGUUCUAUGUGAAAAAAUUAGGAGUAACACUUUUAAAGUUUAUCCUAGAAAGGGUGAAACCUGGGCUCUCUUUAAAAAUUGGGACAUCAAAUGGUACAUGGACGUGGAAUCUCAUCAGAAUUAUGAAUUUGAGUUUGUUGAAAUCUUGACUGACUAUGUUGAAGGUGAGGGUGUAUUUAUUGCAUACUUGGCUAAAUUGAAGGGCUUUGUGAGUCUCUUCUCUAGAGUUAUGAAAGGAGGCGCCUACCCAAUUAAAAUUCCAUCAGCACAGUUAUUCAGAUUCUCUCACAGGGUUCCAUCUUUUAAAAUGACUGGUCAGGAAAGAGCAGGUGUUCCUGUAGGAUCUUGGGAACUUGAUCCUGCGUCUUUGCCCUUGAAUAUUGAAGAAGUUGCUGUUCCCAAUGAUUUGGAGGUGAAGGUUGGUCAUUCCCCAUCAAGUGGUGUGAGUAGAAGAUCUUCAGAUAGAUUGAAGCCCAUGAUGGCACCGGAUGGAAAUUUAUCCGCUUUCCAGGCUAAUUUUGGAACAAGGAAUUUGGCAAAGAAUGGUUCAGUUAACUAUGUCGAAGAUUGUACUGCUCCUUCGUCUUCAACCCCAGAUGCUAUGGAAAUUCCAGAUCCUCAGUUCUACAAUUUUGACGAAGGGAAGUCCCCAGAGAAGUUUCAGGUUGGUCAGAUUUGGGCAUUCUAUAGUGAUGAGGAUGGCCUGCCAAGGUACUAUGGUCAGAUUAUAGAAAUCAGAACAAGGCCGGGUCUUGAAUUGCAUAUUAUGUGGCUUGCUUCCUGCUGGCUACCAGAGAAUACUAUUAGAUGGGAAGACAAAGACAUGCUUAUCUCUUGUGGCAGGUUUAAAAGUAGAAGUGGGAAUUCAAAUGUUUAUACUAACACCCUCUCCCUUUCGCAUGAGGUACGCGUCAAUUUUGACAGAAGGAGCAAUGAAUAUUCUGUCUUUCCUAGGAAAGGUGAAAUUUGGGCUUUAUACAGGAAAUGGACACCUAAAAUCAAAUGCUCCGAUCUGGUAAACUGGGAGUAUGACAUAGUGGAAAUUAUUGAAGAAAAUGCCUCCUGGAUUGAAGUUUUAGUCUUGGAGAUUGUUAGUGGAUAUAAUUCAGUGUUCAAGGCCAAAACAUUUGAAGGAUCAGCCAUCACCAUGAGAGUACCCCAGGCACAGUUGCUCAGGUUCUCCCACCAAAUCCCAGAAUUCAAACUAACAGAGGAGCAUGGCAAUCUGAAAGGCUUCUGGGAGCUUGAUCCAGGGGCUGUACCGGUCCACUUUUGGACUUCCCAGUAGAUUGAUUGACUGAUUUACUGUGGGCAGCGAGCAAAAUCUCAAACCUCAUGGUAUGCCUGGAUCCAACAACUUUUUGUAAUUAGACAGGUUAAUAAAAUAUAUUUGUCUAUUCGGUGGUAGCCCCUGUAUAAUCUGUAUUUAAUUUGAUCUGGCAACACUUGAAAUGUUAUCAUUUUGCUGUUACUCUAACUGCUUUGUUUAAGGAAA